UAGAUAUUUCAUAUUAACCUGUGAUUCAAAAUUGAGAGAGGGGGAUUAAAAAAAAACUAACACCUCUUUGGAAGUAAAUGUUUUUCUAUUGGAUUUUGCGUUGCUGAACAGUUGCUGGAAAUAACUUCACUAUCACAGUUUUGCGGGCGGGCUGUCGCCUCCUGCUCCGGUUUAACGGGAUACCGUAAGCUGUAUGGAGGGAUGUCGGCAUGGCUUGCACCAGGAGAACCAAAACUUUGGUGUCCACAUGCGUGAUACUGAGCGGUAUGACCAACAUUGUUUGCCUGCUCUAUGUCGGAUGGGUUACUAACUACAUCGCCAACAUUUACAUCAAGGUCCCGAUGCCUUUACCGGAGAGAAAGUUAGAAGGGGACAAGCGAGGUGACACUCUCCGGAUCAUGGAGAGGCUCGAUCGGCUGGAGAAUGUGGUCAACCAGCACAUUCAUGAGACUCCAGGGAAGGACGACGAUGGUCAGCCGGAUACAUCAUUCUCUGACUCGUCACUGUUUGCUCACUGGGGUCAAGAGCUCAGUCCAGACAACCGGCGAGUGGCUCUGAAGCAGUUCCAGUACUAUGGAUAUAAUGCCUACCUCAGUGAUCGUCUCUCUUUAGACAGGCCAAUAGCAGACCUCAGGCCUGAUGGGUGCAGAAACAUUACUUAUCCCUUGAACCUCCCUCAAGUGAGCAUUGUGUUCAUUUUUGUGAACGAAGCCUUGUCUGUCAUCCUGCGGUCUAUUCACUCUGCCGUCAACAGGACACCUUCCCACCUGCUGAAAGAGAUAAUCCUGGUGGACGACAACAGCAAUAACAAUGAGCUAAAGGAGAAACUUCAGGAUUUUGUGUCUGAGACUAACAGCCAACGUCCAGGAUUCAUAAAGAUGGUGCGGCAUGACAAGCAGGAGGGUUUGAUCCGGUCCCGAGUGAGUGGGUGGAGGGUUGCUACCGCCCCAGUCGUUGCCCUCUUUGAUGCCCACGUUGAGUUCAGUGUCGGAUGGGCUGAACCUAUUCUGCAGAGAAUUAAAGAAGACAGAACGCGGAUAAUCUCCCCGUCUUUUGAUAACAUCAAAUAUGACACAUUUGAGAUUGAAGAGUAUCCGCUGUCUGCACAGGGCUUUGAUUGGGAGCUGUGGUGUCGCUACCUCAACCCACCCAAGUCCUGGUGGCACAAGGGCAACAAGACUGCACCAAUUCAGAGCCCAGCUCUGAUUGGCUGCUUUGUGGUGGAUAGGCUGUACUUUGAGGAGAUUGGCCUGCUCGAUGAAGGGAUGGAGGUGUAUGGGGGUGAAAACGUGGAGCUGGGCAUCAGGGUGUGGCAGUGUGGAGGCAGCAUCGAAGUCCUGCCUUGUGCUCGCAUCGCCCACAUAGAGCGUGCUCAUAAACCCUACACCGAGGACCUGACAUCGCACGUACGUCGAAACGCCCUGAGAGUUGCAGAAGUUUGGAUGGAUGAGUUUAAAAGCCACGUCUACAUGGCCUGGAAUAUUCCACUGGAGGACUCAGGGAUUGAUAUUGGCGAUGUGUCUGGGAGGAAGGCUCUGAGGAAGAGGCUGCAGUGUAAAACCUUCCGCUGGUACCUGGUCAACAUCUACCCUGAUAUGAGGAUGUACAGCGACACCAUCGCAUACGGAGUAUUGAAAAAUUCUCUGAAGACGGAUCUGUGUCUGGACCAGGGGCCUGACAAUGACAACAUGCCCAUCCUGUAUCUCUGCCACGGGAUGACACCACAGAAUGUUUACUACACCAGUACUCAGCGGCUCCACAUCGGGCUCCUCAGUCCCACCGUUGAUGACGAUGACAACAAGUGCCUGGUGGAUGUGAAUAGCAGACCCCGCCUCAUUGAGUGCAGCUAUGCUGCAGAAAAGCGCAUGAAACUCCACUGGCUCUUCACUCAGGGAGGAUCCAUUCAAAACAGGAAAUCAAAGAGAUGCCUAGAGCUUGUAGCAAGCAGUGACAAUGAGUUUGGCUACCAACUGGCUCUGCAGAAAUGCACUGGACAGAAAUGGUUCAUCACAAAUGUGCUGUUUAGCAGCUCCCUAUGACUGACUGGCGAAGGAAACACUGGAGUCAAUAGCAACUGGACUGAAUGAAGUCAUCUCUUUUGUGUGCAUUUGUGUAUGCAAGUGUGAGUCUCUGUGUGUGAAAGUCUAGGAAGCGGGAGCACUCAUUUUGAGAGCCACGAUGUCUUCUACAGAGCCGGUUGACAUCACAUCAUAAAUGUUAAACAUUUUAUUUUGCCUAAAGGAACAGCCAUAGUUGGCAGAUAUUUUUCAGAUCUGACAAUGUAGUAUAUUUAGUAUAUUUUGUGGUAAAUACAGUACAGUCAGACUUUCGUUGACUUCAAAUAUGUAAUGGGUACUUGUUAGUAUUUGCUACUGUGUAGCAAGCUUUCUGAAUCUGUCCCUGCUGUAAUUAUUUUUUAUUUUAGUGUCUCAGGUUUGUAGGUUUAUUAUGCGAUUGAGCUGUACAGUUGU